CUGAUCUGUCUGCGCAGCCCUUUCGAUUUUAAAACAUUUAAUCAGCCACGAAAAUAUACGUUGGCGAGAAAGUGUGCUUUAUCAGUUUAAACGCGAAGCUUUAAUAACAAGCAAGACUUCGUAGCGCACAUUUCUGAUUAAUAACAAAGACUGUUGCCCCCAAUGCCCCGCCCCGUGUUGGCAAGGCAACCUAAUGCGUGCUGACGUCAACGAAGGCAGCCGCUGCUGACUGAGAGCAUUCGGUAACCUUAACCAUCCGCGAUUGUAAAUUGUCCGCGAUGGCAAUGGAGGUCGGUUUGGAUCCGCUGUUUCUGGCUUGGAGCUGCAGCAGAAGACGAAAGUUUGAUAGAUGCGCAGAGAUCUCCACAAAGAUCUUGACGGAAAGCCCGUAUGACCAGGCGGCGUGGAGCUUAAAGACUCGAGCUCUAACAGAGAUGGUGUACAUCGAUGAGGUUGAGGUGGAUCAAGAAGGCAUAGCGGACAUAAUGUUGGAUGAGAACUCCAUUGCCCAGGUUGCACGUCCAGGAACAUCAUUAAGACUUCCAGGAACAGGCCAUGGUGGUGCACCCACUCCAGCUGUCAGACCGAUGACCCAGUUAGGACGACCCAUAACAGGAUUUGUGAGACCUAGCACGCUCUCUGGUAGACCGGAAACUAUGGAGCAGGCCAUCAGAACCCCCCGCACAGCCCAGACGGCUCGUCCGGUCACGAGUGCUUCUGGAAGAUUUGUCAGAAUGGGAACGGCCUCUAUGCUAACAAAUCCUGAAGGACCUUUUAUUAACCUUUCUCGAUUAAAUUUGGAAAAGUAUGGAAAGAGACCAAAUGUGUCAAAGACCCUAUUUGAAUACAUCUUUCAUCAUGAAAAUGAUGUAAAAACUGCAUUAGAUCUUGCCGCUCUUGCUACCGAGCACGCUCAGUUCAGAGACUGGUGGUGGAAGGUACAGCUGGGAAAAUGUUAUUACAGGCUCGGUUUGCACCGUGAGGCUGAGAAGCAGUUUAGAUCUGCACUCAGUCACCAGGAAUUUGUUGAUACUCGCCUCUACCUUGCAAAGGUAUAUCAGCGCAUGGAUCAACCGAUCACUGCUCUACAUGUUUUAAAGCAAGGCCUUGACCACUUCCCGGCUGAGGUCACCUUGCUUACAGGAAUUGCCCGCAUCCAUGAGGAAAUGAAUAAUAUAAGCUCCGCCACAGAGUACUACAAAGAAGUUUUGAAGCAGGACAACACACACGUCGAGGCUAUUGCCUGUAUUGGCAGCAAUCAUUUCUACACUGACCAGCCAGAGAUUGCCCUGCGCUUCUACAGACGGUUGCUGCAGAUGGGAGUCUAUAAUUGCCAGCUGUAUAAUAAUCUGGGUCUGUGCUGUUUCUAUGCACAGCAGUAUGAUAUGAGCCUGUCUUCUUUUGAGAGAGCUUUAUCUCUGGUGUCCAGUGAUGAGGAACAGGCGGAUAUCUGGUAUAAUCUGGGACAUGUUGCAGUGGGCAUUGGGGAUUUGACUCUGGCUUUCCAAUGCUUUAAACUGUCCUUGGCAUUCAACAAUAAUCAUGGUGAAGCCUACAAUAACUUGGCUGUAUUGGAGUUACUGAAGGGUCGUAUUGAGCAGGGUAAAGCUUUCCUCCAGACGGCUGCUUCAUUGUCACCUCACAUGUAUGAGCCUCACUUUAAUUAUGCUACCCUAUCUGAUAAGGUUGGUGAUCUUCAGAGCAGCUAUAUGGCAGCUCAGAAGAUCCUGAAAAACCUCAGACAACAUUUUUCUACACUAUAAAAUCAUGUCAUUGUUUGUCAUUUGACUGGUGGAUCUGGUAAAGGGGAAUUAUAAUGGUCAUAAUUAUAUCAUGGUAUUAGAUGUUCCUCAGAAAAACCGCUGCAAUUUUGAAAAAUGAGAAGUAACUUUCAAUUCAUUGGCGUGUUUUUAGCAGGUUUUCUGAAAACUCCAUCUUCCAUUAGUUGGAUAGUCUCUAUGCAUAGAUGGAUUUUGUUUGCUUUCAAUAUUAAAAAGUCUGGGUUGCAUAUAAGAAUUAUAAGGCCAUGUUUACAUUAGAGCAUUUGCGUUUUAAAACGGCAAAAUUGGCAAAAACCCUAACCCUAAUCUGGAUCAUUUGCUGGCAACAACAACAGAUAAUAUUUUUGAUCCUUAAAAAUGUGUUUGUGAAGGUCUUAUAUUGUUUUAGCUCCCCCAUACAACAUAUUAAUAUAUGAUUAAUGUUAAUGUUCAUAUUAUUUACCAAAUAGAAAGGUCUUUAUGAUUUAAAUAGGAACCAUUUAAGUAAACUGUAAUAAUAGUAGUGAACUUGAAGCAAAAUAAAAUUCAGCAAAUGCAAACUUCCAUCAAGGAACUCUUAAUGCUUCAUCAUACCAAGACAUUUUGGACAAUUUCAUGCACCCAGAAUUGUGGGAAGAGUUUGUGGAUGUCCCCUUCCUGUUCCAACAUGACUGUACACCAGUGCACAAAGCAAGGUCCAUAUAGAAAUGGAUGAGCAAGUUUGGUGUAGAUGAACUUGACUGGCCUGCACCUCAACCCAAUAAAACAUCUUUGGCAUGAAUUAGAGCGGAGAUUACGAGUGAGGCCUUCUUGUCAAACAUCAGUGUCCGACCAGUACAUUUCUCACACAUUACACUCAUUAAAAUAUAAGGUUUUAACUAGUUAUUAUUAACAAUAACCAAUACAUAUUGCUGAGUUCAUAGAAUAUCACUGUUGACUAUAUUCAUACAAUGUUAGCAAAUUUGUUAAAAUUUAAGGAAACAGUAAUUUUAUAAAUAUACCAGCGGGUGCCAUUCAAAUAAAUAUGUUUCAAUGCUGCGUUUGGAACUAUGGGUCACUCCAUGACACGAUGUAACUUAUGUAUUUAGUUCUUCCAACAGACAUCUAGUGUGUCAUUACUCACUUAUUAUAUGGCUCUGGUUUCUGGUAUAUGCUAAACUAAUUAAACAUAUAUAACCGUAGCAUGCAAUUUGGCCUUACAAUUUGUAAAUAUAUUAGUGAUGGGAAGUUCGGAUCAUUUUUCUGAUUCGGAUCUUUGAAUCUCGUUCAUCAAACUGAACGAAUCUUUUUUUGAGUCAUUUCGUUCUUUUUGUUCAUUUAAAAUAUGAUUACCUAUAAUUUCACAAAUUACCCCAAAAUAACCACUUAUGCAAACAAAUAUGACAUUUCUAACAAGUUAUGAGAAAUAAAAAUCCUUAUUUCAUUAUUUCUUGACACAAGCUCUGAAACAUACACAAGAGAUAGAAAUUAUUAGCUUACUCCAAGUCAGUCCUCGUGUACAAGUCAUGGUAAUGCAGCCAAAGCCAAAAUAUAAGAAACGGAACUCCAUAUUUAUCACAUUUGUACGCCUCCUCUCGUGUCUAACUUACAGAUGUUAGUUGUCAACUCGUCACUGUCUUACUGACUCUCUGUGUUCGGCCAGGCUGUGCCGUAUGAUAUACAGCACAGGACCGGAAAGAGAAAUGAUUAGUUCAUCAUUCUCUCGAGUUCGGGACGAGUUCGAGUCUUUCGUUCUUCCUGUCAGCCUCAUAGAGGCUAUGCUGUCAGUACCGGAAAGAUAAAUGAUUAGUUCAUUCAAGUCUUGAGAUCGGGUUCGGCCGGGUCCGAGUCCUUAUGUCACGUGACCGCUGGUAUAUCACAUUAAAUACAACAUUAGAUUCGUAUUAUUGAUUGCGUCUGAAUGUAUCCUAU